UAAAUAUCGAUGGUGUUUUCCCGGAAGUGCUUCUCUUACCCCGGAAGUGCUUUCGGGAGGAGCGUGCCGUCUGGAGUAGAUGUUGGCUAAGUGAGCGGUACUCAAGAUGAGCGGGGAGUCCGGCGGGAACGAGGAGUUCCUGGAGCAGCUCCGGCUGCAGCAGCUGUACGGCCAGAGCCGCGAGGCCGGGAACGGAGACGACCCGUACACGUUCGUGGACCCCGAGGACGGGACCGUGUACGACUGGGAUCAGGAGAAGAAGGCGUGGUUUCCCAAGAAGGAAUCUGUGGCCCUGGCAGAGAGGCUGAUAGACGACUCCGAGAUCCGGGGGUACAGGCUGCACGUGGAGGCCGCCCGCUUCGAGCUGAAGGGGGAGUACGACGCCAGCAAGAAGAGGAAGAAGGCGAAAGACUACCGCAAGAAACUGCAGCGACAGCAGAAGUACGCCCCCCAUCGGCAGCGUGCUGCAGUACCAGCUGUGCAUGCACACGCAUAUACAGUGGAUAUAGAACCUAUAACCGAGGACUUCCUGGCGGCGUAUCAUGCCAACUACGGCUUUAACGAAGAAGGGACAGGCAAACCGUCGGUCUCGGAGGCGCCCGCAGCAGACCCUGUGGCCCAGAAGAGUGCUCCCCAGAAACCACAGGCGGAGGGCGCCGAGGUCACCCAGCCCAAGGAGGGCAAGCAGAAGGAGAAGCGCAAGGCAGACCCAGGUGAAGAGACGGGCUCGCUGAUUUCACGUGUGUGCCGCCCCGGAGACGGAGCAAGACUGCUGACCUUUCUUUUGUGGCCUCUGUCUGAACACACACAGGAGGACCCCCUGGUGCUGAAUGAGAUCCGCGAGGACCUGAGGACAGAGUGCGAGAAGUUCGGUCAGGUCAAGAAAGUCAUCAUUUUCGACAGACACCCGGACGGAGUGGCAUCCGUGGCGUUUAAGGAGCCGGAAGAGGCAGACGUGUGCCAGCUGGCUCUGGACGGGCGCUGGUUUGGCGGGAGGAAGCUGUCCGUACAGCACUGGGAUGGCACCACCGACUACCAGGUGGAGGAGACGAACAGGGAGCGCGAGGAGAGGCUGAAGGGCUGGGCUUCCUUCCUGGGGGAAAAGGACUCGGGCAAGGCGGGGGGAGAGGCCCUCAAAGACAGUGCCGGUCAAGCCGAGAAGGGGGCUCCUCAGGACCCCAAAAGCAGCACGGAGGAGCCCCCCAGCAAGCUGGAAGGGCCAGGCACAGAGCACCCCGAGCCUGGAGGAGCCAAGGAGGAGGCCGAAGGCAGUGGGGCCGGAGUGUCGGAGGAGGCUGUUGCAGAUUCCACAGACAGCAGCCUAGCUGGGAGUGAGGAGGAGGAGGAGAGCGAGGAGGCCUAGGCGUCUCACGCCGUGUCUCGGAGAUCUCUGACUCACUGGAGUCCACCUCUGCUGUGUACAUGACUAGUUAAUAAUCAUUUUAAUGGUGACCCUCCCCAGAAUUAAGAGAUUCCACUAGCUUUACAAUCUUCCAGCGCCUCCCUGUGUGGCAUAAAGUUGCUUUGUUUUCCUUUGUUAGAAAUGCUUGUCAUAGGAAAACUUUAAUGGCUGGUUUUGUGAUGAUGGAAAUAAACUGUGUGAUUUUUGUAUUUUUUACUGUUAUUAAAUCAGCUUCGCCACCAGGAAUUGGUGUCUUGUUAAGACUUCCUCCUGUUCUGCGUGAGUUACAGUGAGCCGGCUUCAGCUCCUGUGAGCCGGAGCCCUGCAUGUUUUAGGAACUUCUUUAUGGAAUUGUUGGGAGACCUGGCAGUGGCCAGCGGAUCCUUCUGAGAAUUUGUAAUAAACGGCUUGGCUUGGCUGAAACAGAAA